AUGGUACCUUGGAUUCUCGGAGACAAGUUCAACACUGUCUACCCUCACCAGGGGUCUAUCAAGGUCCUGUGGGAGUCAAAGUGGAAAUUCUGCGCCUCGAAAUCUAUUUACCCAUUCCACGAUGGAUCCCUCGAAGACUUCGAGCCCAUUUUCCAAAAGUUGAUCGCUGAAAACAUCAACGACGCAAACGCAGACGCGUACACUGAAGCCUUCCUCCCAACAGCAACAGCUCUCGAAAAGGAAGCCGCGGCAGCCCUGAACAACGGCCAACUCGACCGCGCCGCCGACCUCUACCGCCGCGCAGCAGUCAUCCUCCGCAUCUCACGCUUCCCCUACGUAAGCCCCUCGACACGCCCAGGGACAUCCAUCAAGCGCGCCGCCUUCGAGCGCCAGAAGCAGGUCUACCUGAAAGCUGCCUCGCUAUGGAAGCCCAUCAUCACCGAGGAAGUGAUUCCACACACGCACCGCGCCGGCCGCGACGGCCCCGAAAUCCCACUGUACAUCCGACUGCCUGAUGAAGCGAGCGCCGCCAACCGCGUCCCUGUCGUGCUGCUCAUGACUGGUCUUGACGGUUACAGGCCCGAUAACAGCCAGCGCACCCAUGAGAUCACCAAUCGUGGCUGGGCAACUGUUGUCGUAGAGAUUCCCGGUACUGCGGACUCGCCUGCGGAUCCAGCGGACCCUGAAUCGCCUGAUAGGCUCUGGUCCAGUGUGCUUGAUUACAUGGAUCGCCGGCCGGAGUUUGACAUGUCGCGGGUCGCGGCUUGGGGUCUUAGUGCGGGUGGCUUUUAUGCUAUUCGCGCGGCUUGCACGCAUCGUGAGCGUCUUGCGGGAUCUGUGGCUCAUGGACCUGGAUCGCACUUUGUGUUCAGUCCAGAGUGGUUGGCUAAGGCGAAUGAUCAUGAGUAUCCGUUCGAGCUUACUUCCGCUAUGGCGGAGAAGUAUGGCUAUGCCGAUGUUGAGGAUUUUGUGAAGAACUCCCAGAAGAAGUUCUCGCUUGUGGAGACUGGUAUCCUUGACCAGGAUAACUGCCGAUUGCUUCUGCUCAACGGCGUGGACGACGGUGUUGUCCCGAUUGAAGACUCGAUGGUGACUUUCAACCAUGGCGGUUUUAAGGAAGGUCGGUUCUUCGAGAACCGGGUGCACAUGGGAUACCCUGACAGUUUGCCUGUGGCUUACAAGUGGCUGGAGAGUGUGCUAAGUCCCAAUCAGAAGGAGGUAAAGAACUGA